UGGCUGGAAAAUGGCAGACAGUGCGAAACGAGAGAAAAUAGCCGCAGCUCGAAAAAAGUUAAAACAGUUCAAGCAAAAAACAGGAAGAAACUCCCCUGCUAACUCCAAGAGUUCAACCAAGCAGUCCACAGAUAAGAAAUCAAAAUAUCUUAUUGAAACCGACUCAGCACAGGAAAAUAGUGAACCUAUCAGCAUUGUUAACAAUAACACCGACCAGGGUUUUGAGGAUUCCAGUGAACAGCUGACUGCUGAUACACCAGAGACUGCUGAUCAAAGGAAAUUAAGAAAGUUAGGGAAUAAUCAGCCAACAGAACACAGUGGUUUACUCUCACCGCUAUUUGGUGUGGAAAGGACAUCAGCAUCAAGGGAAAGUUUACAACAGCUGUCAAGGCAACUUAACGGCCUUCUAACAGAGUCUAAUUCUUUGAUGGACACAACAGAUACAGCAGACGAUAAUGCUAAUAUAAUAGAAUUAGAGAGAAGAAACAGAGAGUUAGCAUCCUUGCUGGAGAAACACUCUGAGGCAAAUGAACAAUUGAAUAUCCAAGUACAGCAGACAAGGGAGCAUGCAAAAUCUCUACAGGAUCAAAUUGAACGAGAUCGGGGUGCAUAUGAAGAUAAACAGCGCCAAGAAAUAGGACCACUCAAAGAACAAUUACAAGUACACAUACAAACCAUUGGUAUUUUAGUGGCUGAGAAAACAGAACUUCUGUCUCAGCUAAAUCAAUCUCAGAAGAUAGCAGAACAGAGGUUUAAUGAAAUCGAGGAAUACAGUGGUAGAUUAAAAGCUUCACGACAACGAGUGGCAGACCUAGAGAGAAAUUUAUCUAUGUCAAAUAAUUCUAGUCAAAAAUUUGAACAGAAUAGCAAAGAUUUUUCAAAAGACAUUGACCGCUUAAAACUAGAAUUGUACAAGUCAAAUAAAGCACAAGAAGAUCUUAAGCAACAAUGUUCUGAAUUAGCAGAAAAAUUACAAGCUAAGACAUCCGAAUCAAUGGAAUUGGAACGAAAUGCAGAAGAUCUGACAAAGCGUCUUGAAAUGGCAGAAUUAUAUACACAGCAGUUAUCAAGUCAAGGAAACAGUAGCCAGGAGUCUCUCGAGAUUGUUGGUCAGCUGCAUCGAGACAAGGAACUUCUGACCGCUCAAGUUCAGGAGUACUCUGAAGCAUUCCAGAAGGCUUGUGGUGAGCGAGACCAGGUGGCAGAUCAGUACAAGUCCUAUAUAGAUCAGCUACAACAACACAGUCAACAACUCACUGAACAGGUGACAAGUUUGACAGAAGAACGGGAAGUAAUGGUAACACAGCAGCAUCAAAAAGAGACCAGCAUUCUACAACUACAGCAACAAUUAGAGGAUGUUAAUGCUGAACAACACCACCAACAACAGGCCAGUGAAGAGGUACUGGAGAAGGAAAAACAGAUGGAGUCAUUACAAAAACAGCAUGAGAAUCUACAGCAACAGCAUGACUCAUUGAUCAGAGAUAACUCACAGCUCAGCCGGUUUUUAGAAGAAAGAGAAGCACGAAUAUUAACUCUUGAGAAUGAGAUGUCAGAUAUGGGGAUGGAGGCCAGUGAUAAAGCCCAACUGUUGGAAAAUAUACAGAGUAACAAGACAGCCCUCAGUCGUGCUCUCACACAAAACAAAGACCUCAAAAACCAGCUUGCUGAAUUACAAAAUGGAUUUGUGAAGUUGAGUAAUGAUAAUAUGGAGCUGAUGACAAAGGUCCAGUCAGAACAACACUCAUCACAGGAACACUUAUGUCGCCUCAGCCAGCAGGAAGAGGAACUCAAGAGUUUAAGAGAGGCUUUGUCAGAAAAAGACUUGAAGCUGUCGGAGUUGAAACAGACAUCACAUGAGGUAACCAAAGAGCAGUACCAGCAGGAGCAGAUAAAUGACAGGAUGAGACACUACGAGGCACAGGCCCAGCUGGUAGAAACUCUCCAACGGGAGCUGCAGAACUCCCAGGACAUGACUGAUGCCCUGAAAACCCAGAACAGUGAACUUCGGACAAUGCUGAUUAAGGCUUCAGACAAUCACGAUAACCCAGGUCUGGAUCCAGAGGAGGAGAAGAAAAGAGAUGAUGUGAUUGACUCACUGACUGCAGCCAUCAAACAACUGGAGUCUGAGAGAUCCCAAUUGAUGCAAAAUCUGCGAGAACAGCGGGAGCUUUCAGAUAGUCUAACAGUCAAAGUGACUGACCUGGAGGAGGCAAUCUUACAAAAAAGUACAUUCCAUGUGGAUAACGACAAAGUGAGCCGAGAGGAGUUCGAAGCAAUGAGGAGGACAAUGCAGAUGAUAGAGGACAAAUACACAAGUGUGAUGAGAGACAAAGCUGAGCUCUCCGACAAGGCUGAACAGCUGGAACAUAUAGUUCUACAGUUAGAAGGGGAGGCUGAUACUAUAGGGGAGUACAUAUCAUUAUAUCACCACCAACGUGCUUUAUUACAACAACGAGAAUCUCAGAAAAAUGAUUACAUUGCCCACCUUGCCAAAGACAGAGAACAAUUACAGGAGAAACUUGGGGAACUACAGCAGUUAGUGAUGCAGUUACUAGGAGAGAAGAAUAUGCUUUCUAACUACCAUGAAGAGUCACACACUUCCACACAUUCCAAUGAGCCUAGAAUACAACCACACCUGCAGAACUCACUCCAGCCUCUAGUGAAUGGGAUGGAUAGCAAUGAAGUGGACUGGCCUGACUACACCAGUUCAGAAUCGGACUCGGAGAGUGAGGUAGAAGCCAUUGUGGGUGGUCAGGACAACUUAGGGAACAAGGAAGUGUCAGACAUCAUGGAUCAACCAACUGACCACCAAACUUCACACCAUGAUCACCCUCACCCUCACCACCACCACCAACACCACCAUCAUCAUCACCAUGGACAACCUGCUAAUGAUGAGGGCCAUGUGCACAAUAAGGCAGUACCUCAGGAGGGCCAAACUGCACAUAAAAUUCUGAACCUCCUAACAGAGAUUGGACACUCUACUCUUGUGGAUAGACAAAGUGAUGUAGACCAUAACUUCUUACCUUGUAAAUACUGUAAAGGACAGGUACAGAUUAUAUGAGGGCAGAAAUGAAAUACCAUGUGAACACCUAAAGGAUAUAUUGCCAAAGUUGAGUUUGGCCAAUUCUUAGAAAUGUGCACGAAAAUGCAUCUGUGCAAUAAGUUAGCCAAAAUUGACAUUCAGAGUGAAAAGUGAAGCUUUUGAAAAUGUAUGUGUUCAUACACUCAUGAACCUCUCCCAGGGGCUAGGAGAUCUUGGACUAAGACAUUGAAACCUCUCCUUUGAGAUGAAUUACUGAUACUUAAUGAGGAAGUAAACAAACUCUUCCAUUGUUGUGUGUUGCCAUAUGUAUAGCAAGUAUACACAUCUGUUGUUAAUCUUAUAUCAGGAGUGUAUACCACAAGGCAUGUUAAUCACAAUAAACCUUCAAUUAAAGGUUAUAUGCAUGUACCUCUGGAAUUCUAUGAGGAGAUGUAUGGGAAGCAGUAACAUUUACCCAAGUCUUGUACAAUAGUGGUUAAGUCUGUUAUGUACAGGAUUAUAUACCUCACAUCAACCUCCUUACAUAUAUAGCUUCAACAAUGAAGGCUGUUUAAGCUUCAACUGUUCUUUACAUAAAAGACUUGGACCACAAGGCAGUUGUUUAGAACUUAAUAUAAUGUAAUACAUUUAUUGAUGUCAUUGUUUAUCAAAGCUGUUAUACACAAGUGGUAUGAUAAAAGAUUUCGUUUUUAUGUUAUUUAAUAAUUUCAAAAGCCAGACUUUUGCAAAAAAAGUCAUUACAGAUGGUGAAUUUUGCAAUCUUGCCUUUAAAUUCCCAUUUCAUUAACAGUUUGCUAAGCAGCAUAUUUUGUCCUCUGUCAGUAAAUUCAUCCCUAUAAAACAAAACUCCUCCUUAUCUCCUGAGUGGAUUUCAACCCAGUUUCACUUGAAACCUCACUCAAGGAGGGCAAUAAGUUUUUAGAGAAUUGAUUUCGUUGUCAGAUGACCAUUAAAGCCAAUUGGUCGCUUGUUGUUUUUUUACCAGUAACAAAUUAGAAUUAAAAGGUCUUAAGAAAUUAUAUGAUAGUUUUGUAAAAGUAGUUUAGUUCACUUUGUUUGACUGGUUAAAUACAAAAUCAACUAAAUGUAUGCUAGAUGGGUGUAAGGUUUCGCCUGAGAAAAACAUACACCAAGCCUGUAUAUUAUUUUGGUACCAAGUUUGUGGCCUGUCUACCAAAAUGCCUUUCUGUGAUAAUCUGUGUUGUGAUCAGGGUACCAGAUUCAUUGUCUUGAUAUCAUUCAGCAAGGAUAACAUUGUGUAUACAUGUGCAUGUUAUAGAGAGAUGAUUGAGACAAAACACACUGUUUUUUCUGUGCUGCUUUUCGUUGCCUAAUUUGGUGCUAACUGUCACUAUAUUGAUGAAAAGCUAAAAGUCCAUGUACUGCCUUGUAAGAAACCUUCUUAAAUGUCAAGUUGAUAUUUGGGUUUUUUCAUAGUAAUCUGUAGAAUCCGCCUAUAAAGUUAGAGAAAAAAAAUCUGGCAUUGUCAGAAUUUUGGGAGUUAAUGACCAUACAUAUGGGGCCACUUAUAAUAUACACAAUGGGCUGUUGAUGUAUGCUUGUCCUUUCAUUUUUGUCUAAGGUUGCUUUCAGGCCUACAUGCCUGUACCUAUUAUAUGUUUGUGCAUGGACAAAUUAGGAGACAUUGAACUGAUUUCAUGACCCUACAUAACAACGGUUAAAUCAGUGCUUAGUAACCCUUAUUAACCCUUCUUACAAAAUUACUUCUGUUUUCAAAAUUCAGGAGAAGCUGUAUACCAGGAAAUUUUCACUUUAUUUCAUAUUGCAUUUCAUUGUAGAUCUUAAUUCCCAGGUGUCAUUUUCACCUUUCAUAUCAGUUAAGACUAUCUGAUGCUAUGUAUUGGUAUACUACUAUGUCAGUAUCAAUUUCACCAUCAUUAAAUCAUGUUAUCAAGUAAAGACCAUCAUAGUUUCUGACAAGAUCAGUUUAGAACAAUGUAAAUCAUUUAUGAAAAUAAUUUCUACAUUUGGUUAUUGUUCCUUGCGCAAAUUCAAAUGUUUGCAAAUGUGUUAUUGAAGGAGUAAAUAUUAAGCUGAAGUAUUCAUUAUGAUGAUGGUGUGUGCAAAAUGACAGGCCCUUAGUUCUUAUGUUUUAGAUAGAGUGCACCCACUUGGCCUGACAUCUUUGUAAAGCUUUGAGGGCUUCUGACCAGAAAGAGAAUGUCAUGAUUUCACUUCAUUCUGUUCAUGGCAAAUAGUAAUGGUAGGUUAGAUAUUCUGUGUUGGCUGAGUUAAGCAUUGCAGUUUUCAGAGUAAACUUUACUAAGUGGAGGUAUUUCACAAAUUAUUGGCUAUUAUAAAACUUGUAUAUCCCCAGUACACAUCUUAUCAGGAAGGUGAUGCAAACAAGUCCAAUUCAAAGUAAAUGUAACUUUGCUUAUGAUAUAUCUUUAAUAUAUCUGAAUGGGACAAAUAAAUUAAACUUAAUACAUUCCACUUAACCAAAAAUUUCAAAUUCAAAAUGUGCCAUGAUAGUGAGAUGUUAGGCAGGGGUUUCUAAUGGGUACAAUAAUAUUUUAUAGACAAUUCCUUAUUUGGUGGUGAAAGGGUCCAGCAACUCUGAAAUGAGAACUUCUGGCAUGUAGACCCACCAAUGUAAGAUAUGAUCUAUAGUACCCUGUUAUGUAAUAGUAACUUAGAUGUUUAUCAAAAUGAGUAUAUAUGUCACAGUAGUGUUCUAUUUUGAAAAAAAAAGCGAAAGUGCAAUAAAAAAGUUGAUCAUGUGUAAAAAGAAUUCUCAAAAGUGAAAACUGCAGUUUUUAAUCUGUUUUCAAAGUGUGAGAAACAACUUUGACUUGCUGUGGUUCUGUUUUAAAGAUGUUUGUAAAUAAAGAACACUGAAUACAA